AUGAAACGCCAAGAAGUGAGCGUUGAUUACUGGGCGAUGCUGAAGAGCAUGUUCACGUAUGGCAUCAUGACAGGCCUCGGAUGGGUUAUGUUAAGGCUUUUUCAUGCUGUUUUUAUGCUACCAAGGCGACUACGGUCACAACAAAAUGAUAUGCAGAAUUCAUUGAAGGAACUGCAGAAACGCUUUCCGGACCUUAACCUUACUGAAGAAGACCUCAAAAAUGCUGAAAAAGAACUUGAUGAGUUGAUCAAGGAAGACAAGAAAUCUGAAGAGAACACCGAUGAGGAAAAAAAAGAAAAAUAA